UAAAAAAACUCCCGGCAAACUUGUUCGAUCCGUGAUGUCCACCAAGUUCUUUUUCAUUUUAAAAGGCGAUAUUAUCGAAAAUGGUGACUCUAGUUUACAAGUCGUGUCUCUGCGAAAUCCGGCCACAAAGAGCGAGUCAAAAUAUCUACUUCAAAAGGAUGCCGGCGACGCAGCACGGGGAACUUCUGUGUACGAAGUAAAUUGUUUCAACGAACCGCACCGAUCCUGGUUCAUCAAUGAGACGGUGUGCUCCAACGGGAAGAUAUUCCUGCCCACUCCCAUCGAUCCUCUGUUUCUCUUGUUGCCCUACCUGGAGCAGCACUGUACGGAACGGGCGGUUCCUCUGGAACAGGUGCUGAUCGACGAUGAGUUUCCACGUGUCGCAGAACUAGCCGAAGCACUGAAACCCUCCCGAAUAUCCUUACUGGCCGAUGAAAAGCGAGCCGGCAAUAUCGUCGCAUACCGGUACAACGAAUCCAAAGCCCUGUCGUGGCUGGUCAGCAAAUGCCACCGGUUGAGCGUUGUCGUCAGCACGCAGGACGGUUCGGCAGCCCGAUCUAAAAACUUCAUCAAAGAAGAGAAGGAGAAUGAAGUGGACGGCGACGAAACUGCGGCUCUACAGACCGCGUUCGGUCUUGUCAGCGAUUAUCUGUCGUUAGAAAUGGGAAAGAAGCUGGCCAAUUCGCUAGGCUUCCCCGAGGAUGAUAACGUUUCCAAGAAGCGGAAAUCCAUCGCCGACCUGGAGUCUGUGCAGGUGAAGCGAAUCAAGAAGGAAGAAAUACACGAGACCACUCCGAUCAAACUGCAGGCCCCGGAGAAGAAAGUUUCGGCUAAGGCGAAGGCAUUGGCAAAGGCUGCCAGUGGGUCGAAAAGUAUUUCUAGCUUUUUCAAGAAAUAAAAUCAGUGUAUAUUUACUCUUUACUUUAAACAUCAUUCAAUAAACCUAAGCUUUGGGCUCGUUCUUCAUGUUAGAAAAUAGAAAACAAACAUAAAUGGCUAAUACUUAAAUUCAGUAGCACCUUCAUACACACCGUCAGGGUGUGCGUUCU